GUCCCCCCUGCCCCUGGGUCGCUCUUUUUAAGCUCCCCUGAGCCGGGGCUGCGCUCCUCUAAUUGGGACUCCGAGCCCGGGCUAUUUCUGGCGCUGGCGCGGCUCCAAGAAGAUCCGCAUUUGCUACUAGCGGCGGCGGCGGCGAAGCCAGGCCGGUCCUCAGCGCCCAGCACCGUCGCUCCUAGCAGCCCGGAGCGCGCACCACAGGCCGGCGGCCGAGCUCGCGCAUCUGAGCCAUCGCUCCUCCGCCUGCUCCGUAGAGAAGGGAAGAUGAGCGAGUCGAGUUCGAAGUCCAGCCAGCCCUUGGCCUCCAAGCAGGAAAAGGACGGCACUGAGAAGCGAGGGCGGGGCCGGCCGAGAAAGCAGCCUCCGGUGAGUCCUGGGACCGCACUGGUGGGGAGUCAGAAGGAGCCCAGCGAAGUGCCAACACCGAAGAGACCUCGGGGCAGACCAAAGGGGAGCAAAAACAAGGGCGCUGCCAAGACCCGGAAAACCACCACGACUCCAGGGAGGAAACCAAGGGGCAGACCCAAAAAACUGGAGAAGGAGGAAGAAGAGGGCAUCUCACAGGAGUCCUCCGAGGAAGAGCAGUGACCGUGCCACCUGCUUCCUCCCUGAGGAGCCGUUUCCUUCUGGGACUGGACAGCUCCGCUCCCACUGCCCCGCCCCCUCCCCCGGCCACCACCACCCACCUGCGCCCGCCUGCACCGCCACACUACACAGCACACCAGCCGGGCCCUGGUGGCCCGAGUGGGGAACAGUUUUCCUUUGGUCUCGAUUCCCAGCACCCUCUCACCCCCACAUGCAUUCCCCCCGGCAUCCUGACAAAGCUGACAUCCCACUUAGCUGCACCCCAUGCCUGCUGCGUCCCUGCUCCCUGCGUGGUGGGGGCAUUGCUGACUGGGCUCCCGGUUUAGGGGGUCCCUUCCCCACUCUUACCUCUGGCUUCCCAUUAGGGGGCCUGGGAGGGCUCCCCUGGCCUUAAAGGGGCCCGAGCCCCAUCUCACUCUGACAUGCCCACUCCACUGUCCUGGCAGCAGCACCUGUGGCCAUGGAUAGUGUUGUUUGGCCCCAAGAUGCCCCAACGAACCUGUGUCUGUCUCACCAGGUGUGGCUCACACCCCCUUUCCUUCCUUCCACGAGGUGCCUAGCCCUGCACGAGGUUGAACAGCGCCCCCCUGUGGCACAGGAGGGAAGGCAGGAGGGGUGUGAGCCCCUGACCCCAUCUGCUUCCACUCGAGGCCUCCAGUUUCCUCCCCCUCACAUGGGGCACUAACAAGGAGCGAGCCUUGCUCACUCCCACCCCCUGCUCCUCCCCACCCCCCAAGGUUCUGGUUCCAUCUUUCCUCUGUUCACAAACUACCUCUGGACAGUUGUGUUGUUUUGUUCCAUGUUUCAUCCUUAGACAUCUGUCAUUGCUGCUACCAGCGCCAAAUGUUCACCCUCACCGCCUCCUGUUCUGCCCACACUCCCCUCCCAGAUGCUCUUGGGAAGGAGCAAGAGGCAAAGCAGGCUGGGAA